AUGAUCCCUUCUGAGGCUGCACAAACAGCAGUCUCUCUGAGGGUCAGUCCCAGCAGAUCUCAGUUCUUCAAGUUAGAGACUGUCUCCCUGAGCUGUGAGGAUCAGGGGAGCUCUGCUGGAGGGAGGGUGAGGAGGAACACCACAGACGGAGGGUCUUUAGCGUGUGGAGCAGGCUGGGGGUCUUUAGUGGGUUCUUCCUGCAAACUGAAAGACCUGUACACAGGGGACAGUGGAGUGUACUGGUGUGAGUCUGAAUCAGGGGAACACAGCCAUGCCAACAUCACAGUACGUGAUGGAGCUGUGAUCCUGGAGAGUCCUGUCCUCCCUGUGAACCAGGGACAAGCUGUGACUCUACGCUGUAGAUACCAGACACCUCCCUCUGACCUCACAGCUGCCUUCUACAAGGAUGGAUCUCUGGUCAGGACUGAGGCUGCAGAAGAGAUGACCAUCCCUGCUGUGUCUACAUCUGAUGCAGGGUUGUACAGGUGCAACAACUCUGAGCUGGGAGGAUCUCCAGAGAGCUGGCUGGCUGUGAGAGCUUCACCUCCACCUCCAGCCCCCCUGCUGUCUCUGCCCAGACUGCUGUGUAGUAUCCUGGUGACCUGUCCCUACCUGGUGGUCACUGUCCUGCUGCUGGAGAUGUGCUGCAGGUCCAGAGGUGGGACUUUUGGUGAAGAGAAGAGGAACUGUGAUGAUGUCAUAGAGUGAACAGUUCAGUAUUUGAACUGUCUUGGCUUUAGAUGGUCAUUCUAGUUCUUUUUAUUUCAUUUAUUAUACUUUUGUUAAAGUGUGUGUAAGUGUUUGUGGUGGUGUUUAUGUGUUUCCUAGUCAUAAAAAAGUUUAAAUCAAAACACUCAGUUUGCAUGUGUGUUUCUAUCAAACUGGAACAACAGGAAGCUCCCUGACCCUGUAGUCAGGGUAACACAGGGUGUUUCUCAUAAGGCAAGUCAGAGAGGGACGUUGAGCCCAGUAACAAACCUACUAACUGCCAGAGCUGAGUUGUGGUUUUACCAGAGAAGAAGAACGCCUGGGGGUGCUGAGAGGAAGGAAACUGUGGUUGGCUGAUGUUCGUCAU